UGCGCAGUUCUCGCCUGUGGACUCCGGGUGAAGAAAAUAGAACACGAAAUGGCGUCCGCUGCAGAUUAUAACAGUUACGGGCAGGCCGGAGGCCAGCAAGGGUACAGCUCCUAUGCUGCCCAGCCCUCUCAGGCCUACGGACAGGGUGCCCAGCAAUCAUACGGACAGCAGCAGGGCUAUGGCUCAUACACCCAACCUGCUGAUUCAGCCUACCCUCAAACUGGCAGCUCAUCUGGGAGUUACGGUCAGCAGGCUUAUGGGUCGUCAUAUGGGCAGCAGCCACCAGCCAGCAGUGGCUACAGCGCUACCCCUGCUGGCUCACAGGGCUACAGUCAGCCUGUACAGGGAUAUGGAGCCAGUGGCUAUGAUGCCUCUUCAGCUACUGCUGCUUCAUCCUCCAGCAGCAACCAGACCUCAUACGGUGGCCAGGCCGGCUACGGAGCCCAGCCUGCUUAUCCUGGAUACGGACAGCAGCCCGCAUCCUCCGCACCACCCAGUUACAGUUCUAGCAGCCAGCAGCCUUCCAGCUACGAGCAGAGCUCCUACUCCCAGCCUCCCCAGCAGGGGUCAUACUCCCAGCCGCAGCAGGGCGGCUACCAGGGCCAGCAAGGCUACGGCCAGCAGAGCUCCUACAGCCAGCAGGGCGGAUAUCAGCAGCAGGCCCCGCCUCAGCAGCAACAAGCUCCGCCUUCCAGCUAUGCUCCUCCCUCUGGGUCCUAUGGUCAGCCUCCCUCUAGUCAGUAUGGGCAGCAGAGCAGCAGUGGAGGUGGAUAUGGCCAGAGUGACUACAAGCCACCCAGUCAGUAUGGUAACUAUAGGCAGGACCACCCGAACGGCAUGGGUAGUGGCUACUCGGGCCCAGAAUCCGGUGGCUAUGGGGGUCCUGGAGAGGGCCGUGGAAUGGGAGGGGGGGACAGCCGUGGGCGUGGCCGUGGUGGGUUUGACCGGGGCAUGAUGCGAGGUGGCGGAAUGCGUGGCGGCAUGGGCCGUGGAGGCAUGGGCACCGCUGGAGACAGAGGUGGCUUCAUUAAGCCUGGUGGACCAGAUUCAGAGAUGGGAGGUCCAGAGGAGCAGGAUGACUCUGAGAACAGCACCAUCUACAUCACUGGUCUGACUGAAAACGCUACGUUGGAUGAAGUGGCUGACUUUUUCAAGCACAGUGGGAUCAUCAGGAUUAAUAAGCGUACUGGCCUUCCUGCUGUGAACAUUUACACUGAUAAGGAGACGGGCAAGCCGAAGGGAGAUGCCACCCUGUCCUACGAGGAUCCCCCAUCUGCCAAGGCGGCUGUGGAGUGGUUCGAUGGUAAAGACUUUCAGGGGAAGAAACUGAAGGUGUCGAUGGCUCGCCGGAAGCCCAUGAUGGGGAUGAUGCGUGGUGGAAUGCCAAUGAGGGGAGAUCGUGGUGGCAUGAUGGGACGAGGAGGGAUGAUGGGGCGUGGUGGAAUGGGCCGGGGAGGAGACCGUGGAGGAUUUGUGCCGCGUGGAGGGCCGAGGGGAAUGGGCCGUGGUGGCCCAACUGGAGGAAACAUGCAGCAGCGGGCUGGAGACUGGCAGUGCCCCAAUGCUGGCUGUGGAAACCAGAACUUUGCUUGGCGGAUGGAAUGUAACCAGUGUAAGGCACCCAAACCUGAAGGCUUUGGACCACCGCCCUUCCCUCCAGGUGGUGAGCGAGGCCGAGGUGGUCCCGGGGGGAUGCGCGGUGGACGGGGAAUGGACCGGGGUGGACCUGGAGGCCCUGGAGGUCCCGGCGGUUUCCGUGGUGGAAGAGGAGGAGACCGUGGCGGCUUUAGAGGCGGGCGUGGCAUGGACAGAGGCGGUUUCGGUGGCAGGGGCCGGGGUGGCCCACCCAUGGAUGAUAUGGGACGAAGAGGGAGAGGAAUGGGCCCACCAGGCAAAAUGGACAUGAAGGGAGAUCAUCGGCAGGAGAGGAGGGAGAGACCGUACUGAAGGACGUCUCUCUGAAUCCCCCUCUUCGUGUGUUUCAGCAGAUUUUAAUGGUGUAAUUCUGUAUUUAUAAUGGUUAGUUUGGAGGUCUCGGCCGCUCUGCAGGCGGUCUGUAGUAACACUUUUAUUUUUUUAUUAGGAUUUCUGUUUGUUUCUGUGCUGUUUUUCUGUGCUGGAGCUGAUGGUGUGUCAGGAUGCCGUGCAUGCAGUUCUGUGUACAGAUGGAUUGUGGAAGAUCUUUAUUGUGCAACGAUCCGUUUCUUUUUUUAUGCUUACUCUCCUGUUUUGCUUUACCUGCUUCUGAUCCUGAUCCUGCACCACAUGUUCAAUUAAAAAAAGUUCUGACUA